AUGUCAACUGACAAUUCCGCUUCUGUACUACGCACGCCAGAGCUGCAAAGGAGUCAAAGCCCAUCCUCCCAAGCUCAUGCUCAAUUUGGGGCACAAUUCCAAUUCCUGGCUCAAAGCCAACAGCCUCAAGAUCUCUCCAGGACCUCUGUCCUUUCCUGCAGCGCCCCUACCACGUCUGCAAUCAGAAUCCAAGCCCCUGGCCACCAGAACCUAGGCCAGCCCAUGGCCGGAAGCCCGGCUUCCCCGGCUUCAACGACUUCAACCUCGUCAAGUGCUUCUCAUUCCGGGACCAUCUCGACGGCCAGCUCCGUGGCUCAGAUCUCUCCUGUAUACCAGCCGGGCAGCGCUCCGGGUUCCGCUUUUCGCCGUCCGAUCCCGCAACGAUUGCAGCAGAUUCCGCAGUAUGGACAGAUGCCCCAGCAGCUUCCUGGCUAUCAGCCGAUGCAGAAUCCGGUGAGUUACUUUGGACGAAUUUUUGGCGAUAUUGCACCUCCUGUCGCUGAGUUA